GAUUUACCGGGGAUGGAUUCGGCGGACUCGAGCAAAGAUCCGCCACUGGGAUCCACGUUUUCCUCAGCGCCUAAUUUAGACUCGGACAUUAAUGCAAAUGCCUUUAGGCCUAUUUAUGAGAACGGGGCAGACCACAAUGUCAACAUACAAAACGCAGCCCUGCGAGGAGCCAGUGACCCCAGCGCGUACCCCUCCACAGACUACAGGGGGCUGGUCCGCCAAAGGUUCAUCCGGCGAAGUUUGUGGGUGUCAGACUCCGAGGAGCAGUCAGUGGAGCCGCACGAGUGUGUCAACAGCAUCCCGGUGGUCAACAUCGACCUGCGCACCAUCGUCGGUCGGAGUCGGACCCGGGUUCUGCAAGGAACCCGCCUGGACCUCCAGGAGGGUUCAAGCACGGAGAGCCAGGUUGAGGUGAAGGACAGCGCCGCAGAGAGCGUGAUUGCCGACGAGGAUACGGUAGACAAGAGCGACGCCGAGCCCAAGGUAGAGGCUGUGCCCUCCGAUGUCACAGGUAAAGCAGGAAGUGACGAGAACGAAGAGGAGCCCGGGAUGAAGGCUGUGUCCACCUCACCCGGGGGGCGCUUCCUCAAGUUUGACAUUGAGCUGGGCAGAGGCUCAUUCAAGACGGUCUACAAAGGUCUUGACACCGAUACUUGGGUCGAAGUGGCAUGGUGUGAACUCCAGGAACGAAAACUGUCCAAAGCUGAGAGGCAGAGGUUCAAAGAGGAGGCAGAGAUGUUAAAAGCUCUUCAGCAUCCCAACAUUGUGCGAUUUUAUGACUUCUGGGAGUCCCCGGUGAAAGGGAAGAAGUGCAUUGUUCUGGUGACAGAGCUAAUGACCUCAGGGACCCUAAAAACGUAUCUGAAGCGCUUUAAAGUGAUGAAGCCUAAAGUUCUGAGGAGCUGGUGCAGACAGAUUCUCAAAGGCCUCCACUUCCUCCACACAAGGACUCCUCCAAUCAUCCACAGAGAUCUCAAAUGUGACAACAUCUUCAUCACCGGUCCCACAGGCUCUGUCAAGAUAGGAGACCUGGGCUUAGCAACCCUGAAGAGGGCCUCCUUCGCUAAAAGCGUCAUAGGCACUCCAGAGUUCAUGGCCCCAGAGAUGUAUGAGGAGCACUAUGAUGAGUCUGUGGAUGUCUACGCCUUUGGGAUGUGUAUGCUGGAAAUGGCCACUUCAGAGUACCCCUACUCUGAGUGUCAAAAUGCUGCUCAGAUCUACCGCAAAGUCACGAGUGGGGUGAAACCUGCCAGCUACAGUAAAGUAAGCGACCCAGAAAUUAAGGAGAUAAUUGGAGAAUGUAUCUGUCACAGAUGCGAGGAAAGGUACUCCAUCAAGGACCUCCUGAAUCAUGCAUUCUUUGCAGAGGAUACAGGCGUGAGGGUGGAGCUUAAUGAAGAAGAUGAUGGGGAAAAAGUGUCCAUCGCACUAAAACUGUGGGUCGAGGAUCCUAAAAAGCUGAAGGGAAAGUACAAGGACACUGGUGCUAUUGAAUUUACCUUUGACUUGGUCAACGAGGUCCCAGAGGUUGUUGCCCAAGAAAUGGUGGAGUCAGGUUUUUUCCUGGAUUGUGAUGUGAAGGUAGUUGGGAAGUCAAUCCGGGACCGCGUAGCUCUCAUCAAAUGGAGGAGGGAGCGGACUGUCUCAUCAGAAAAUGGCGAGGUAGCUGUGAAGAAGACACAGCCAAACCUUCUGCAGGUGCCUGGCACUGGUGUACCACAGGGAACUACAUUAGCAACAACAGAUUAUGAAGACCAGGAGGUGGAGCAGCAGACCCUGAUCUGUACCGUGCCCACUACCACAUCCGACGGUGGAGUGACCUCCACCAUGCAAUUAGACGAUCUAAACAAUCAGCAAAACGGCUCCUACCAGUCCCUUCCAGAGCCCAUUUCCACAGCUCAGAUGGUCUACAGUCCUCCAGACCCUCAGCUGCACCAGGGCGCCUACCAGCAAGCCACAGCACAGGCCUCACAUGACAACUACACUCAAGCAUCCACGCAAUUACACCAGGGAGCCUACCAACAAACCACAGGUCAGCUGCAUCCUGGGGCCUGUCAACAACCUGCAGCACAACUGCACCAGGGGUCUUAUCAGUCUCAAACAGUGACUACGCCAGCCUCUACUGCGCACCCAAGUAGACAGACAGCACAGAGCUUCCCAGCUGCAGCCACUCUACAGACGCAGCUUACUGCCCAACCCAGCCAGGAGCAGUGCCAUGUCCAACCAGCUGGUGUCCUGCACCAGGUAGAGACAUCAUUGCUGUUAUCUGCUGACCAGCCUUCACCUCACCUGAGUCCUCCUGACUUAUCUACCAGUUUUUCACAGUCAGUCUCCAGUGCUCCUCCUCCACUCCCGCCUCUGCAGAUCAGCACACAGUUUCCCCCACCCCAUCUUGUUGGUCAAACAGGGGGCCACAAGCCCCCUCCCUUCUCCCCAGUUCCUCUGCCAUCUGCCUACAGCAGCAGUAUCCCUCCUUUAUCUAGCUCAUACUACUCACCUUCUACCCACCAUCCCACCCUUCCUCUAAUUCCUCAUGCUGCCUUGCCCUCCAUGCCUACUCUUGGCACACCUCAGACCCCUAUGUCCACACCUCAGCACGUGCCCAGUGUGGCACUCCCUGCUCCACUUCUUGCCAUGGCCAUGUCUUUUACUGUGCCACAGCAGCAGGGCGGCCCAACCACCUCUCAGCCAAACAUUGUUAGCUUCCAUUCCACCCAUCCCUUACCUCUCUCCCAGGUACAACCCACCCCAUACCCUGCCCCCCACCCUGAUCAGGAACUGGCUGAGCAGCCUGUCCAGGUACAGACAAUUGCUCCACAGGGGAAUUUGGGAGAUGUUCAGCUUUUGGCUGCAGUUCACUCUGUCCUACCUGCUGUUCCUCUCUGGGGAAGUGGAGUGAAUACAGAAACUACUGCACCUGGAACUGUAGCUCAUACAGUUCUAGCCUCAGCCCCAGUCUCUAUCUCAGCUGCUGUGCAAGUUGAAACUCAAGCCCCAGCACAAACUCCAGCUUUAGCCCAAGCACAAAAGCAAGCAUCGGGCCUGGUGUCAACUCCAGCUUCAACUCUUGUUCCAGCCUCUGCGUCGGCCCAAGUUCAAGCAUCAGUCUCUGCAUCAGGUUCCACCUUUGAACUUCCAAAAGUCUCAUCUACAAACUCAGAUGCAUCUUUAGUCGUUGGUAAUCCCCAACUCUCAGUCCCAGGUUUGGUCUCUGCCCCAAUCUCUGCGAUGCUGCCAGCCCAAGCUCCAGCGGCAGGCCCUGCUCUUGCAUCAGCUCCUGUUGCAGUUUCAGUCCCAGCUCCAGCUCUGCAUCCUGCUGGCAUCCAGACAGCAGUCUCAAUGUCUGAGUGUGCCAGCCUGGCCACAACUCAGCAAAACCUUGAGACAACAUCUGCAUUUAGCACCCUACAGCAAGAGCCCUGUGUAGAGGAUGUGGCUCAGGAGAAACCAGUAUCAUUACCCAGCCAUGCCUAUGACAGUCUUAACUCUGAUGUGGCAUCUGGUAAGGAAACAAGUGACGGCUAUGACAGCUUGGCUAGUGGAGGAAAAGGGGAUGGAAAACCUAGGAAACACCAUCGCAAGUCUGCCCGUACGCGCUCUCGGCAAGAAAAGACUAGCAAACCCAAACUGAGCAUGCUCAACGUUUGCAACACAGGUGAUAAAAUGGUUGAAUGUCAGCUGGAGACUCACAAUCACAAAACGGUGACAUUCAAAUUUGAUCUGGAUGGAGAUGCUCCAGAGGAAAUUGCCACUUACAUGGUAGAGAAUGGCUUCAUCCUACUAUUAGAGAAAGAGGUCUUCAUUGACCAGCUAAAGGAUAUUAUGGAUAAAGCUGAAGACAUGCUGAAUGAAGACGUUGAGGGUGAGAGGAUGUCCACCUUGAGUUGUAGUCCCCAGCAAUGCCAAAUUUUUGAAGGGCAAAUAGGAGAGAGUCCACAGCCUGGAGCACCUCAGCCUGUCUAUCAGCAGAAUGUUCUUCAUACAGGAAAGAGAUGGUUCAUAAUCUGCCCUGUAGAAGAGACUCCCACAUCCAGCCAGGAGACUCCGUCUGAUGGCACAACUACACAGUCUCCUGGGAGUUCAACCACCACCCAGCCUGCUGACAGUGGCACUGCAAGGCCAUCUGUAUCAAGAGAAGAUGGGUCAUCCUCUACAAUGUCUGGUGGAAGUGGAGGCUUCACCUAUGACGUGUAUGGAUUCUGUAGCCCUCCAAUCAUGUCUAACACAGACCCUCUUACACUCUUGGCCACUCUGUCUCCCCCUGUGUCUGCUCCCCCAACCCUUCAGUCUGUAACAUCAGUGGAGCCUGUUGGCAGCUCAUUACAGCCCAGUGUACAUCAAGCCCAGCCAGCCAGAGCUCAAGCUUUGCCUCCGUCAUCCCCACAUACCUCUUUCCAAAUGGAUGAGUCACAGGGAUCCCCUUUGGGCUCCAUCUCCCCCACCCAUGCCGCUCAGCAGAUGUCAGACUUUACAUGUCCUGUUUCUAUAGCGGAGGAAGUGCCCUGCUGCCCUCUGGUCAUGCCCCUGUCUCUGGAUGUGAGCUGUUCACAGGGUGGGUCUCCCCUCACUCCUCUUCCACUCCAGGAAGCAAGUUCAACCAAAGAGCCUCUGUCUGUCUCUUACGCCUCUGCAGCGCGGAGCGAACGCCCUCAGCAGCCUGUGGUGCUCCACCAGCCGUUUUCCAGUGUUGGAGGGACCAAAGUGUCCUCACUACCCCAGAGCCCAGCACCCUCCCAGCACGGUGUAGGGCCUGGUGAAUCAGACGGUGAAGGACGGCUGAGCCGCGGGGGCUUUGUGGACAGCACCAUAAAAACACUAGAUGAAAAACUGAGGAACUUGCUCUACCAGGAAUAUGCUCCCAUGUAUCCAUCCGGCAGUGCUGCAGAGACACCAGGCUCUGGCACUGAGUACAUUCAGUCUCCUCCUGGUCCAGACAGUGCCACAGGAGGGUCAGGAAACACGACCCCAGGGCCUAUGGGGGAGGGACGCUACAGGGCAGGAGAACAGCUGCCUCAAAUUCCAGAGAGAAUGGAUAGUUUGAGCACCCUCAGUGACUCAGCUGUGUGUGCUUCCCUGUCAAGAAGGCACGUUCCUCACUCUGCUUCCUGUUCUGGGACAAGAGGCCGAUUCAAGAUAAUCUCUGUUCCUCCUGAAGUGGCCAACAGACGCGAUGUGAAGCAAAGGAGCUGGAGCAGCGCUGCCUCACCAGCGCACCCUGCAGGUUACAGUGGGGACCAUAUUCAGGUGGAGGCCAUGACAGCCUCCACCACAAUUGGCCGUUUCUCUGUGAUUAGCACUGAAGACGACAUUACACAGAGGACACGUUGCAGCCGCUACUCUGCCCCACCUGAUUUCUACCUGGAUACGCCCCCUUCCACAGCCAAGCGGGGCUCCCUGCCUCGUGCCCUCACCUCAAAUUCUGUCCCUGUGGACAUCACCGUCCAUGCUCGUUUCCUUUCCUCUGACUCUGGAGCUGAGAGCAGCCCAGCAAAGCUGGCUCCUGCCACCCCAUCUCAACAUACUCGCUCUGAGCGUAGAGGAAGUGACCUCAUGAAGAGGGCAGUGGCCUUCCUCCGUCGUUCGGGGCGCAGCAGCAGUGUACAGAGCUCUGACUCUCCAAGUAGGCAUGGAGGUGUGCACGGCUCGGCCUAUGCCAGCAGUGAUAAUGAUUCAGAAAUGGAGGACUCGGACAUGAAGAAAGAACUACAGAGACUCAGGGAGAAACACUUGAGGGAGAUCUCUGAGCUGCAGGCGCAUCAGCGGGGGGAAGUGGAGCUGCUAUAUCACCGACUUGGCAAAGCCCCUCCUCCUGCCCUGGGCCUCUCACACAUUGCACCACCUGCAGGUCGUAGAAAGAGGUCCAGCAAGCACAGGUUGAAGCCUGGCAAACUUCUCAGUCCUCUGGUUCAACAAUUUAGAAAUGUCAAAACCAAAACUAGUGACUCCAGCAGAUCCACAGCUACAGGCACAAGUGAGCCUGCAGUAAGUUUAAAUGGGUCUCCAGCCAAAGGGUCUUUCCCCACUCAUGGCAGGGCACGUUCAUGCACCAGCCACCUUCCCAGCUCAACCUCAGAGCCUGUGCAGACUCAGCCCUGUUCCCUCAAGGGCUCCUUGUCCUCUGAUAAUAUUUACGCUGGGCUCCAUGGAGAGGGCACUGGCACGCAAGCUCCACCUGGACAAGGCUGGUCUAAUUACCCUCAACCAUCUGAGAGAGUGACCUAUAAGUCGAGUAGCAAGCCACGAGCUAGAUUUCUCAGUGGGCCUGUGUCUUUGUCUAUCUGGGCAACACUAAAGCGACUAUGUCUUGGCAAAGAGCGUGGCCACAGGUCUGGAGCCGGACCAGGGGCUUUCAAUCAAUCACAGCAGCCACCUACUGGUGCCACACCUCCUCCUCAUCGGCCAGUUAUUGGACUGGCCCAAGCUCAAGCCAAUAACAGCAACAAUAAGAGAGGCACCAACACUGGCCCAUCCAUGAGUGUCAAUGAAAUCAAUCUGCCGGAAGACUUGCAACGGCUGAUGGAGGACUGGGCCCAGGAGGUUCUUAUAGUCACCCACAGACCGCGAACUAACUCUCUGAGUAUCAGUGGACAGCAGCUUUGGGAUCAGAUGGUGCCUCGAACACAUGGGCAACUUGCUACUGCUGCAGAUGUAUCAUCAUGGAUAGCCACAGGUUCAGAAGGCUGCAGUUUUCCUCUGACGUGGCCUGACAGCUCUGCCUCAACAAUGAUGAACAGCCCCUCCACAGGACCCCAUCCCAGUUAUCACUCUCCUGCUCGUUUCAGGGCCUUGUCCUCACCUAUCUCCAUUAACCACUGGCCUGGGUUGCUCUUCCCCUUUCCUUCAGGAGUCUUUGCCUUUCCUGCUGUGCCCUUAGCCCAGGAUGCUCCCAGCCCCAUUCCAGCUCCAUCAUAUCAGCCACCCCACCCAAAAGCGAGGACUCUCUAACCUUAGUAGCAUUUUGUCUUCCAACUCUGUUACCAAAAACAAAUCUCAUUGUGGUCAAACUUAUGUGCAUAUACUGUAUAUAUUUAACCAGCAUGUAUGUAACCAUAUGUACAUACUCGUCUCUGUUAAUGAGUUUUAUGUUAUUUGUUUCAUUUGCAUCAACAUACCUCAUAUCUAUAUUACAGUACAUUAUCCUCGAAUGCAGUGUAAUGGUAGUAGUACAUUAAAAGAUGUAUAAUUAGCCCAUUCAGGCUUUAAAAUGCUGAUUUUUGUCACUGCUUAUGUAUGAAUCUUACCUCUCAUUGAAUGUACAUAAUGUACUGUUCAUCCAUGCAGUGUUUAUAUAAAUAGUUAACAUUUGUGUUGC